ACAGAGCGGACACGGACAAACUCCUCAUCAUUCCCCUCCGCACAAGUGAAACUUUUUGAAGAUGACUCGUCUGAUGACAGCAAUGUAGAGAGUUCGUUCAACAUUGCCUGUCGCCAUGAAGGGAAGAAAGGUGAGAAACUUAUGAAGUUGGAAGCACGUUUUAAUUCUGACCCACGGUUCAAACUCGACGAAAAAUUUGCCUCUAGUGGAAGUGAUGACGAUAACGCGAACGUAAGUAGUGAGGCUUACCAGGAACGAGCUAAAAAUUUCGAGGUUUUAUCAAAGGUUCUGGGCAGUACUGUUGAACCACUGAAGAAAACAAUUAAAUCCAUGGAUAAGGCGGCUGAUUGCAGCUGUCCGACCAUUCACGAGAUUUGAUCCUUUCAACGAGGAGCAUAUUUCUUGGUUAAAGAAAAAUCAGGUAAAUUUUUUCCAAGCUAUUAAUAGUAAAGGACUUUGUAUUCAGUUUUACGCGAUCAUCAUUUUACCAGAGGGUACGUUCCGUUUUAAGUUGAAAUCUCGGUCUUCUGGGCAAGAUAAUGGUGUGGACAGUGGUGCUGGCUUCUCUUUUCUUGAAAUGAUUGGCCGAAGACCCACAGUUGAGGAAAGGCACGACACCAUUAAUCACAAUGCCAGUAUGUUUCCGGUUAAGGUAUGUAACUGCAGUUUAUGUGUAAUUGUUAUCUACUCCAAGUUCUUUGUGAGUGGAGAUGAGCCCCAUCUACAAAGCUUGAUUAAUAAUUUCAAGCGAACACAAUCCCUUGAGAAGAUUGUUUCGCGGUGGGCAAAUCAUCGUGACAUAUUUUCAAAGGUGAGUUUUAACUUGUCACGGAAAAGUCUGUUAUGA